AUUUUUCUUUUCCAAUGAAUCGAAGUCAAUGUGCUUCAGUGUAAUAAAAAUAAAUUCAAAACAAAACGAUUUAAAAGUCCAUAUUUGGAUUCGAAAUAAUGGUAAAAAAAAUUCCAUUCGAAGGAAUUGCGCUUUUCGAUUCAUAUCCAUGGAGAAUAAAUUAUUCACCAUUCAACAUUCCAUCGUCCACAUAAGCUUCAGUCCAGUUCAGUUCAGUUCGGUUGACAUGACAAACCGAAGUGAAGUUGGUUGUCACCGAACAUCAACAAAACACAGCUAGCAUUGCAAGAAAAGUCACUGUACAAGCCGUAGCUAACGUGGGAAUUGUUUUAUACUUUUUUUUUUAUUCCAAAAUUGCAAAAUUUUAAAUUGUUUUCAUAAAUUGUUGUUGUAAAACGUCUGGAAAUCAAGAAAAGUUUUGAAAUUCGAAAUGGCCGGCAAUUUUUGGCAAUCGAGUCACUAUCAGCAAUGGUUGCUAACGAAAGACGAUUUAGUGCGAGACCGUCGAUAUGAUUUGCAAUUUCUCACACCAGAAGAAUACCAGAAGCUUAACAUUUUCUUUGCAAAUUUGAUCCAAGUGCUGGGCGAACAGUUAAAACUACGGCAACAGGUCAUUGCAACGGCAACCGUUUACUUUAAGCGAUUUUAUGUGCGCAAUUCAUUCCGUAGCAUCGAUCCGCUGUUGAUGGCACCGACAUGCAUUUUUCUAGCAUCAAAAGUUGAAGAAUUUGGUGUUAUUUCUAAUUCCCGCCUCAUAUCAACGUGUCAAAAUGUCAUCAAAAAUAAGUUCAGUUAUGCUUAUCAACAAGAAUUCCCUUACCGAACCAAUCACAUUUUGGAGUGUGAAUUUUAUCUACUGGAAAAUCUGGACUGUUGCUUAAUUGUUUACCAACCAUACAGACCACUAUUGCCAAUCAUCCAGGAUAUUGGACACGAGGAUCAGCUGUUACCGCUUACAUGGCGCAUCAUCAAUGAUUCCCUGCGAACAGAUGUUAGUUUACUCUAUCCGCCGUAUAUGAUCGCCAUCGGAUGUCUUCAAUUGGCUUGUGUUAUUCUACAAAAAGAUGUGAAAUCAUGGUUUGCCGAGAUCAAUGUCAACAUGGAAAAGAUACAGGAAAUUUCAAAAACCAUCUUAGGGCUAUAUGAACUUUGGCGCACGUACGAUGAAAAGAAGGAAAUUCAAGAUCUGCUCAGUAAAAUGCCCAAACCGCGACCACCGCCACAGCAGCAGCAACAACAACAAACGCAACAAAACCAACAGACACAAAAUCAAUCCCAACAAUGAAUAAGAUUCUCAAAAUUUAAGUGCUAGGUUUAUCUAAAUAAGCGUAGAUAGUGGAAACAUGACUUUUGAUAGCUCUUCGCGGAUCAAGUUCGAAUUCGUUUUAAAACAUUUUCAAAGUACACACCAUGUAAUGUUCAGAAGAAGUUAUCUCAUUGACUCAUUUAUCAUAAUAAAUUCAUAUAAAUCAUGAAAUAUAA